AUGAGAUCCACGCGCUCUAGAAGCGGAAGAGUUCCCUUCACCGGGGCUGGGCAGACCUCGGGAGUCCAGCAAGAUCGCAUUUCUGAAGAGCAAGGGUCCCAAAGGACCCAGCCCAACAACGAGGACGCCAUCGCCAAGAUGGCCGAAUUCGUAUCAGACAACCCCAACAUUUUUGAGGAGCUGGGAAGAUACCUCAAGAGACAGGGGAAAGAAAAGGCCGAGUCUUCCAAGAGGAGGCCGACGAAGUCUCCUGAAGCGCCCUCAGGUGAGGACUCUGAUAAAGGGCGUCUCUCUCGGAGUACCUCUAGGCGCGCCUCCUCCAAGGCGACCUCUAAACUUGCCUCCAUCUCCCGGGCGUUUUCCCGGGGACUGCUAGGGAAACGUGCCGAGGACCCGCCUCGGCGCCCCGGGGGCCUAGCUUCUGACUACAUGAGGGCUCCGCCCUUCACCGAUGACAUCAAUGGGGAGAUGGUGCCCCCGAACUUCAAACUUCCAAACUUGCACACUUAUGACGGCCGAGGUGACCCCGAGGAUCACCUCCGCGCCUUCAUCUCCGCUUUCCGCCUCUACUGCGUCCCUGACGCCGGCGAGUCACUUCGCUCAUACGCCCAGAGGUUCAACGAGGAGAAUGUACAGAUACCUGAUCAGAACGAGCAGGUAACUAUUGCUGCCUUCACCAACGGGUUAGUAGUUGGGAUUUUCAACACCGAAAUCCAUCGGGAUUACCCUCGUACAGUUCGGGAACUUUGGGAAAGAGUAGACCAGGGAAUCCGAAGUGAGGAUGUAAACCGCAUGAAGCGAGAAGCCCAAGCAUCUCGUACGGGGCAAGAUCCCCGGAGGAAGAAAGACACCGGCCGAAGUGAACCCGACCCAAGUGGCACUUCAACCCAACUCCGGGACCGCCGGAGUGUUUUCGAUCGGAUUGUGAAGGGGAGGUCGUCCACCUCGGACGCCGAGCUAACCCCGCUCAAUUCUAGCCGGUCUCACGUCUUGGCGGUGAUGAGACAAAAUCACCUCGGCCGAACUCCUCCUGAGAUCCCGGGGAGGAGAGAUAGGAGGAACUCCAACCUCUACUGUGCCUGCCACCGAGAUGUGGGGCACGAGACUGAAGAUUGCAACGACCUGAAGCGAGAAAUCGAAAACUUGAUUCGACAAGGACACUUGAAACAAUUUGUCCGCAAAGAUGGAGGUCUCAACCGAAGUACCUCCCACCGGGAGAGCCGAGGUCUCCGCCGAGAGGACAGGCGGGAUACCAAACUCCAUUGCCGAGGUCCUGAGGACCAUAAGGGGGAUCAGAAACCUCCGCGCGACGGAUCGCCGGGCUACGGCCCAAAUAUUGCCGGGGUGAUCAACACCAUCUCAGGUGGCCCAACGGGAGGAGACAGCCAGAACUCUCGGAAGCGGACCUACCGCCAAGCCGGUAUGGAGCUGGUCGAGCCGAGCUCGAGGCUGUCCGAGGUGAUAACCUAUGGUCCCCGUGACCCUGUCCCCGUCGCCUCCAGCAAUCACGAAACCCUCGUGAUUGAGAUCCUCACUAACAAUUACAUAGUCAAAAAGGUUUAUGUUGAUCCCGAAAGCUCGGUAGACGUCAUGUACUAUCGAACUUUCGAGAGUUUGAACCUGACCCGGGAGCAACUCACUCCGGUCAGAACUCCCCUUGUUGGUUUCGGGGGACACGUCGUCCACCUGGAGGGUAUGGUGAAUUUGAUGGUGACUAUCGGGCGCCAUCCCCGCUGCCGAACUGUGCCUGUCAGCUUUGCGGUGGUCAAAGCGGACUCUCCUUACAACAUGCUGAUAGGCCGACCCACGCUCAACGCCUUGAGAGCCGUAUACUCCACCUACCACCUGAGUUUCAAAUUCCCAACACCCGCAGGGGUGGCCGAGGUGAGCAGCGACGUGGGCGCCGUCCGGGAGUGCUACCUCGCCACCAUUCAAGCAGUAGUCGCACCUCGGCCCUCGCCGAGGUCAGAAGAAAAGAGGCCGGCUGUGUGA